AUGGAGAACUUAUAUACCAAACGUAAAGUAGCUGAUAAGGACUCGCAAUCUUGUUUAGUGUGUUAUACACCCACUGCUACGGUACUGUACAAUGCGUCCAUUCAAGACUGGUUUUACUGCUGUGAGAUCCACGUCGAUGAUAACCCUUCAUUUGCCAAGCCUAUAUACCCGGAAGAGUACACAGAUGUUCUUGAGAAAAUCAAGGUCACCAAACAAAAGCUAGACGUUGAGAAAUCCCGUGGCACCACUGGCAGCUGGGAUUCCUGGGUCAAUAAAGUCAUGUAUCGAAGGAAUUCAGAUAAGCGGGUUAGCGAGAGUGGGAAUAAUACCAAUGGAGCAGACAACAUAGGUGAGGAUAAGACAUCCACAGGUGAAACUCCCAAUAGCAAGAACAAGCCGCCUUCCGAACUAGCCAGUCUUACCCAUGAAUACCAACUAUUAUUAGACCAGGUGAGCCGACACCGGAACAGCAUCCGUAACUACAGUCUGAGCCAGGUGAUGUUUGAGAGCAGGUUAGAUGCCAAGAAAAGAAAGUAUAUGCGUCAAAGGAAGGCCAAACAGGAAGCGGAAGCCUACACCAACACCGAUCCCGAGGAACUUCAAACAAAAUUCAGCUUUCCCAGUGUUCCUCAGCAGUAA